AUGAAGUUCGUCGCCUCGCUCUCUGCGGCCGCCGCCGCCCUGGGCGCGCUCGCCAUGCUGCCCACCACGUCGGCCCACGGGCCCGAGACGCGCGAGGAAGUCGUCAAGUUCCUCGACCAGCAGGCCACCGCCUACCACUGCGCACCUGCCGUCGCCGCCUACACGGCCGCCCGCAAGCGCUCCUGGGCCCAAAAGGUCCUCGGCGGCGCACCCAUCGCAGACCAGAACCGCUUCAUCGACGGCUACUUCGAGGCAAAGGGCCUCGACGGCGAGGUCGUCAAAAAGGGCAUCAAGGAGCUCGAAGAGGAGGGCAAGCGCAUCAUGGCGUGCGACCCCGUCGUCGAGUCCAAGAUCCGCAACUCGACCUGCGUCCUGGCGCCCCAGUCGACCGAGGGCCCCUACUACCACACCGAGGCCCACCCCAUCCGCAGCAACAUGGCCGAGUGGCAGCUCGGCCUCCACUUUGAGAUGGACGUCGGCGUCAUCGACGUCGAGACCUGCGAGCCCGUGCCCAACAUCCUCGUCGACCUCUGGCACGCCAACGCCACGGGCCACUACGCCGGCCACCCGGAGCCCGCGCCGCACCUGCGCGACGAGAAGCCCGCCGCCUCGGGCCUGCGCCGCGGCCUCCUGUCGGCCUACCCGCGCACCAACCACGUCGACACCUUCCUCCGCGGCGCCCUCCCCACCGACCAGAAUGGCGUCGCCCACUUUGUCUCGACCUUCCCCGGUUACUACACCGGCCGCGCCACCCACGUCCACAUCAAGGUGCACAACGAGUGGAGCGUGCUGCCCAACGGCAGCUUCACCUCGGGCAACCUCGUCCACACGGGCCAGUUCUUUUUCGACGACGACCUCAACGAGUCGAUCGACAAGCUGUGGCCCUACAACACCAACCCCAUCAUCGCCCUCGGACGCACCCGCACCCGCAACUGGGAGGACUCGCUGCAGAUCUACCAGGACGCCCACGACAACGGCUACAUGCCCACCUUUGACGUCGAAAAGAUUGGCGGCGUACUCCAGGACGGCCUCGUCGGCUACAUUACCGUCGGCGUCAACACCAGCGCCAGCUACAAGCCCGUGUGGAACCCCAACAGCGGUCGCGCCGGCGGCGUCGUCGAGCAGAAGCCCAUCGACAAGGCCACCCACGAGGAGCUCUAG